CGUACUGCACGCUGUACGUUUGGGGACUUCGCUGUUAAGCUGAGCCUAACAGACCCGAACCAGAACCACAGGGCGAGGCAGCGGCUUCGAGCUCAGACAGGAAGAAAGAAUCAAUUUAAAACUUCAAGUCUAAGUCUGGUUUUUCUUGGAGGUGUAUUUUAGAGGACUUCUGAACACCAAGAUGUAGUUCCUCCUCAUGUGAAAUUUUACGUGUAGCACAAGACUGAACCUCCCACUUCUAACUUUACUGCACAGAAGGAAAUAGGGGUGAGCUCGCUAGAAAUGGAGAAAUCAAGUUGCUUUUCUUCAGCUCGAAACAUCCUGUGUCUGUUUGACGUGGACGGCACACUGACACCACCAAGAGAAAAAAUCGACCCAAAGCUGGACGAGUUCUUCCGGACUCUGCGGAGGAAAAUGAAGAUCGGCAUCGUCGGAGGGUCAGACUACCCCAAGAUAGCGGAGCAGCUUGGGGAAGGAGAUGAUGUGAUACAUAAGUUUGAUUAUGUGUUUGCUGAGAACGGAACAGUUCAAUACAAAGAUGGGAAACUCCUCUCAAAGCAUGCGAUCCAGAACCAUCUCGGAGAGGAGCUGCUGCAAGAUCUCAUUAACUUUUGCCUCCGAUACAUGGGGCUCAUUAAACUGCCAAAGAAAAGGGGCAUUUUUAUCGAGUUCAGGAACGGAAUGAUUAACAUUUCACCCAUCGGUCGCAGCUGCACCCUGGAGGAGAGAAUAGAAUUUUCUGAAAUUGACAAAAGGGAGAAGAUCCAGGAGAAAUUUGUUGCUGCCUUGAAAAAGGAAUUUGCUGGAAAAGGGCUGCGCUUCACCAAAGGUGGUCUCAUCAGUUUUGAUGUUUUCCCCGAGGGCUGGGACAAGAGCCUGUGCCUGGAUUUGCUGGCCAUCUACUUCUUUGGCAAUGAGACCUCAGAUGGAGGAAACGACUAUGAAAUCUUCAACGACCCAAGGACGAUCGGAUUCACGGUCUACUCUCCCGAGCACACGGCGCGGCUCUGUCGAGAACUUUUCUUUGAUGCUUCUCCACAUCUCAUCAUGAUACCUUCGGCCAAAAACCCCUCUGAUAUGGAUGGCAACAUGACUAUUGAUCGCAGGGUUUUAAUGAACUGCUGAAUGGUAAUACUACUGAUCUCCCCUUGUUAAUAAUAUUAGUUUAAUAUAUGAAUGAAAGAUGGAAGGUUGGUCUUUAUUUAAAGAAAUGGACAGUUGUUAUGGAAUACUGUGCCAAAAACUGUUUCACUUGUGCGAUAAGUAACAUGUAACCUUGAAUCUAACCCAAAAUUAGCAGGAAUGUUCAUCUUGCACGUUAGUUUGGGUAUGAAGCAAUAUUUUGUACUAAUGCUGGGAUCCUUUUAUUCUUCUUAUUGACAAACCCACUGCAGUAUGUGAGAAGGAUGGAAGAGAAUGGGAUUAAAACAUGGGAUUAUUUUUUGUUUUUUUUGGUUGCUCAGAAAAAUUUGAUGAACUUGUUGAAACAAAGACCUCUCUUCUUUUAAGGUUUAGGGUGAACCAAAGACAAACAACAUUCUUGGUGCUUUAAUUUUUAAACUGGAUCUCUUUCAGUAUUUUAACUGUUUAACAUUUAGUGUCAAAUAUUAACAUCAACUUCUCAAAGUCAUGAAAAAGAUAUUAACUCCUU